CUUGGUCCUGUCCAAGGUGUGGCCUCCCUGGGGGCCUCCCCCACCCCUUUCACCCUGCACUUGGCCACUAGGUCACUCAAGGCUUGUAAAGGGGAGACAUUUAUAUAUGGUGUUUUGGGGGGUAAAAAAUUUUAAGACAAGACAUAUUUUUAUGUAGCCCUUCUUUCGCUGUGAUUGAUGAAUUUAAUAUUCUACAGUGAUAUUUCAAGACACAAGCGUUUUUCAUUGAUUUCUGCUCUCCUUCGGGGAGGAGGGGGAGUGGGACCUGGGAUGACAAGCUUCGCCCCGCCCUGCCCCCCGGCUCCGCUCGAGGCAAAAGGGGCCUCAUUUGCUGACGGUGCCUGGAGCCGCCGCCGUCACUGCAGGACUUUUUGCACGGUCCCUAAAGGCGGGAAAGGGGGCGGGACGAGGGUAGACGGACGGGCUUUUCAGCCAGUCAGCGGCGGAUAGCGGGCCAUGCUCUGCGUCAGGACUUCUGGUUCCGGUGGGGCGCGGAACUUGGAGAGGCUCGCCGCGAUGCCCCUGCACAAGGUCCCGGUUGGCCUUUGGAAACAGCUCCGGCUGCGGGAGGGUAUCUGCUCCCGCUUGCCCCGGCACUACCUGCGCUCGCAGGAGCCUGCGCGAACGCCCACUCCUGUGCACUACAGGCCGCACGGGGUUAAGUUCAAGAUCAACCCCAAGAAUGGGCAGCGGGAGCGUGUGGAGGAUGUGCCCGUUCCCGUUUACUACCCGCCAGAGUCCCAGCUGGGUCUCUGGGGUGGGGAGGGCUGGGUCCUGGGUCACAGAUACACCAACAACGACAAGCUCUCCAAGAGGGUGAAGAAGGUGUGGAAACCACAGCUGUUUCAGCGCCAGCUCUACAGUGAGAUACUGGACACGAAAUUCACCAUCACAGUGACCAUGCGGACCCUGGACCUUAUUGACGAGGCUUACGGGUUCGACUUCUACAUCCUCAAGACUCCGAAGGAGGACCUGUGUUCCAAGUUCGGGAUGGACCUGAAGCGAGGGAUGCUGCUGCGGCUGGCCCGACAGGACCCCCAGCUGCACCCAGACAACCCCAAGAAGCGGGCGGCCAUCUACGAAAAGUACAAGGAGUUUGUCAUCCCAGAGGCAGAGGCUGAGUGGGUCGGCCUGACGCUAGAUGAGGCUUUGGAGAAGCAGAGGCUCCUGGAGGAGCAGGACCCGACUCCUCUGUUCAAGGUCUACGUGGAGAGGCUGAUUGAGCGGCUUCAGCACCAGACACUGUCUGAGCCAGUGGUAGUGCAGAAGAGAGCCAACAAGAACUGACCGCACAGUGACCCACGCCAGACAGCCACGCGCAGCCACCCCGCCCUGCGGCACCGUGGACACUGAGCCUGGGGUGGUGGCGAGGGCCGUAUUUGGGUAGUGGAUGAACUCGUUUUUGUGUGCUGACUCAGUAGCUCCCAGGGUUGGGUGAGCUUUGUGGAGGCCCCAAGGGGUCUUUUGCCCCAGGAUCCUAAGAGGUCUGGGGCCGUCUUGCUGCCUCUGUGGCACCCCCUCCCCCCUGAAGUGGGGGCAGCACAAGUAAAGUCUGAGCCGGG